CAAGAGGGCACGAUAUCAGAGAGACACAAGUGAAACAAGUCACACCGACGACCAAUGUAGCUUGUCUCACUUUAACAAACUUGCGAUGUCACUCUAUUCGCGCAUACGUUUGCUUGGCGCUCCAUCUGAAACACUCGAAAAUCCGUAAACUACAUUUUAGAUAAUAGUUUCUACUUUAUGAAUCUACAAAACAGUUACACAUAGAGCUUGCUGGUUUUGUUUUGUCUCUCUUGAUCAUCUCCCGUUCUCUUUCUAAAGCAACUGCACGGACUUGGAUGUGCAUUAAAAUAGUGGGGAUAAAAAUACUUGCAUACUAUGGUGAAGCAGAAUUGCUUACUAUAGUGAGGCAUGACAUGACUGUCAUGUGAUUUGGUGAACGAAUUUACAACGCGCCAUCUGAAGAAAAUAAUAGAACUUUAAAGUAAACCUUUAAAGUUCUGCUUAUCAAAAAGAAAAACAAAGAAUUAAUUCUUCAUUGUUUGCUGGUUAUGAUUAUGAUUGAAGAUUUCAUUAUUGAAACAAUUUAAAAUGAUUGACAAAGGAAGAUUUUUUAAAAGUUUAUUUAAAAACAAGAAGAUAAUAUUUUCUUGUGAAAAGUAUUUGUCAGAAACUGCUGCAAAUAAUAACAAUGAGAAGACAACACAUUUUGGAUUUAAAACCGUUAAAGAAAGCGAGAAAGUAAAAGAAGUGUAUUCUGUAUUCGAGAAGGUAGCAAAUUCUUAUGAUCAGAUGAAUGAUGCUAUGAGUCUAGGAAUUCAUCGUAUUUGGAAAGAUAUAUUCAUUCAGAGACUUGGACCAACUCAUGGAAGUAAAUUAUUAGACUCAGCUGGAGGUACAGGAGAUAUAACUUUUAGAUAUUUACAGUACUUGAAAAAUGUACCUAAUCGUCACGGUAUAAAGAGUUCUGUAACUGUUUGUGACAUAAAUGAGAAUAUGUUAGAAGUAGGGAAAAUUAGAGCAGAAAGACAAGGUUGGCUUAAUCAAGAUAGUGUUGCAAUUGAUUGGGAGGAAUGCAAUGCAGAGGAACUUCCCUUUGCUAAUGAUUCAUAUACAGCUUAUACAAUUGCUUUCGGUAUAAGAAAUGUUACACAUAUUGAUAAGGUUCUGUCCGAAGCAUACAGAGUACUUACACCAGGUGGUCGUUUUAUGUGUUUAGAGUUUAGCCAUGUAAACAAUGAUGCCUUAAGAUGGCUUUACGAUCAAUAUUCGUUUCAAAUGAUACCAGUAUUGGGUACUCUUAUAGCAGGUGAAUGGCAAGCUUAUCAAUAUCUUGUUGAAAGUAUCAGAAAGUUUCCAAAACAAGAAUGUUUUAAGGAAAUGAUAGAAGAAGCUGGAUUUCGAAAUGUUACUUACGAAAAUUUAACUUGUGGAGUUGUGUCUAUUCAUUCAGG